UGGUUCCUGUGCCAGCUGCAGCUGGUCCUCGCUGCCCCAAAGGAUUGGGGCUGAGACCGCCCCACUCAUCACACAUGUAAGCCCCCAGCACCCCCAAGCUGAAGGAUCGGUGGCCCAGGAGCAGCCCCCCUGUGGCCUUUUUCUGUCUGUCCCCACGGCAGGAGCUACUUACAGCACCGAGAUCCACCAGGGCACAGCCACAGCAGCACUCAGGGAGCACCCAUAGCCCUUGGCCAACCUUAAAUAACCUGCCCCGGGGGUGUGGUGAGCCCCAGGUGAGGCUGCUGAGGACGAUUAUGGGCUGGCAGCGCCCACCUGAGGAUGGCAAUGUGGCCCUUCACGGCCUGCAGCUGCCCAGGUUCAGUGUCACCGGGGGGUGGCUCUGCCUGGCUGGUGGUGCUGGUGCACCCGUGGCCACCUGCAGCGCUUCGCGGAGCGGUGGGGUCUGGUUUUCAGCCCACACUGGACACGUAGAAGAAAUAACGAGAGAGUGUGAGUGCUCGCCGGCAGCAUGCCGCUGGUGAAGAGGAACAUCGAGCCCCGGCACCUGUGCCGGGGGGCUCUGCCCGAGGGGGUGACGAGCGAGCUGGAGUGUGUCACCAACAGCACGCUGGCUGCCAUCAUCAAGCAGCUGGGCAGCCUCAGCCGGCACGCUGAGGACAUCUUUGGGGAGCUGUUCAAUGAGGCCAACAGCUUCUACAUGCGGAUGAACUCGCUGCAGGAGCGGGUGGACCUGCUGGUCAUCAAGGUGACGCAGCUGGACUCCACCGUGGAGGAAGUUUCUCUGCAGGACAUCAACAUGCGGAAGGCGUUCAAGAGCUCCACGGUGCAGAACCAGCAGGUGGUUUCUCGCAACUCCAUCCCCAACCCGGUGAUGGAGAUGUACCAGCGCUGCGACAAGCCCCCACCGCUCAACAUCCUGACGCCGUACAGGGAUGACAAGAAGGACGGCCUCAAGUUCUACACCGACCCCUCUUACUUCUUCAACCUGUGGAAGGAGAAGAUGCUGCAGGCGACAGAGGACAAGAGGAAGGAGAAGCGCAGGCAGAAGGAGCAGCGGCUGGUGGAGGACUCCACCCGGGAGGUGAAGAAAGUGCGGAAAGCCCGCAACCGGCGCCUGGAGUGGAACAUGAUGGCAUACGAUAAAGAGUUUCGGCCCGAUAACAGGUUCUCACCAUCCCCAUAUCACAUGGCGUCAUCGGAAGGAUCACUGUCCCCAGACAAUAGGUCCUACGCCUCGGACGCCGCCGACCACUCGUACCCGGCGAGCCCCAACCACCCGGCGCAGCUGCUGGCCCCCGCCGCCCACCUGCCGGCCGAGCACAAGGAGGGGGUCCUGGCGGCCGUGCCCCCCCAGGAGCACGUCUACCGCCCGCCGGCGGGCAGCCGCCAGAACAGCCUCAACCGUGCCCAGGCGCCCCACGCGCCGCAGCCCCCCGAGGCCGUGCUGAACGGGCCGAGGCCGCACUUGGUCAAGGAUUUUGGCCCGCAACCGGUGCCGAUGGCGGAGUACUUCGUGCCGCCCGCCCCGCCGCCCCCACCGCCCGUCAUCCCCUCGGCGCAGACCGCCUUCGACAGCCCCAUGGCGGCCCCCGCAGCGCUGCCCCCCGGCGCGGCCGCCCCCCCGUCCUACGCGCCCUCGCCGCCGCCCCCCGCGCCGCCCGGCCCCUACUCUGCUUCCCCGCCGCAGGCCGGCCCCAUGGGCCCCCCCGUGGCCCCGCCACCACCACCACCGGGGCCCCCCGCGCUCGCUGCCUCGCCAGCGCACUCAGUGUCACCGCCGGCCCCCGCCGCCGAGCCGCGGAAGCCGGCCAUCCCGCUGAUGCCCAUGAGCGACGCCCGGAGCGACCUGCUGGCAGCCAUCCGCAGGGGGAUCCAGCUGCGGAAAGUCCAGGAGCAAUGGGAGCAAGAGGCCAAGAAAGAGCCCGUGGGCAAUGACGUGGCCACCAUCCUGUCCCGCCGGAUCGCGGUGGAGUACAGCGAGUCGGACGACGACUCGGAGCUGGACGAUAACGAGUGGUCAGACUGAGGGGGCCGGGACCGGGCUGGCGGGGAGCUGCUCCGCUCCAGGUGCGUACCUGGGUGCCCACACCCGCCAUCAGCCCCGCUAAUUCAGGAGCUUUUGCUUUUUACACCAUGUCGAAAACCAUGUCGGGCAGCGCUGGAGGCUGUGCACGGGUAGGACGCGCCUCCGGGGCGGUGAGGCCAGGAAUUAGCAGCACCUCCGCGUUUAAUGAUGCUGGAAAUGCUCUGGCACCGGUAAUGCACGGCCACAGGGUGGCUUUGUUAGGGAAACGACACCACGAGGCAGUAGGGCUUUUGCAGCUAGAUGUUAAACGCGUAACGGGGAGACCGAGGUGUUCGCAACCUCUGAGCCCGUUCCCAUCCUCGGGACCAGAUUUUUGGGAGAAAAGCAUGAAGGCAAGGCUCGUGCAGCUGGCACACACGUGUCCUGGGGGCAAGGGGCUGGGGGCCAUGGCCCAAAAGCCCUGCAACCCUUGGCCUGACUGCUAAAGCACUGCAGUUUUAUCUGACGAAAAAAAAAAAAAAAAAAAAGAAAAAAUGCUGCUCUUAGGUAAACCCAAACCACUAAAACAGAGCGACGCUCGGUCUCGCUCUCUCGAUUUGCACUUUGUAGCCCCACUAAUGCCACUAGUACAGUCAAGGACAAUCCCGUCCCGGGGCACUGGCCUGAUGCCGCCUGCUCCUCGUCCCCAAAGCACGGCGCCGGUGGGGAGUGCAGGAACGGGGCCCCGCCACCGUGCCAAAAAUACCAGUUUGCUCAUCAAAAUAGAGCAUGAUUCAUAGCUGCCUUUUCACGCAGCUAUUAAGGGAGGAUUCGCGGGGCUGGGGGCGCAGAACAAAUGGGUGUGAAAUACUGAAAAUAUCGCAGCCAGGGGUGAGGAUCUGCAGAGGGCUGGAAGAGGCUCCCCACCAGCAGAGAACAGGGCCAGGAACAGGCGCGGAGCCAUCUGACACAGCCACCUGGCCCUCUCUGCAUUCCCAUAUACUGUGAGCCCCAAAAUGGGGGAGAAACCUGCAUCCUACCCAUUGCAUCACUUCUGGGGACUUUGUGCCCACCUCCCCAGCAGCUGGGUAGGUGAGCACAUCGGUAAUGUUCCCAGUCCCUGGGAGUGAAUCGACCUGUAAAGCAGAUGGGAGGAUUUGGCUGGGACCCAAAAGGCUCAGGGAGGCUGAUGCUUCCUUAUAUCUGCCCUGAGAACUGCUGGUCUUGAAGGACGCCCUGACUAUGUGCUCAUUUCUCCUCAGGAGAAAAAGAGAGACCCUCUGUGGUGAGACACAAUGAGCAUAGCCCCCAGCUUAGCUGCUAAGAAACAUCACCGUGAACCCUUGCCUGUGCUGAGCGACACAAAAUAGCCUAUCUGUUUUGUUUAAUGCAACGCUUCCCAUUUCUCUGCACCCCACUGACUCCCCCAGAUGGGACUCCAGCAGCACAGCAGGCUCCUCUCCCCCCACCACCACAAAUUUGGCCACAGGGGCUGGCCCCACGGGCAUCAACGCAGUGCUGAGCAGGGCUUGGGCCUGGUGCAGGAGAGGGCCAGAGUGUCUGGGGAAGGAUUUAAGGUUGGAAGCGAAGUCUGUUGGUGUUAGCAGUUGUUCUGCACCCAUUUCUGCCCUGUGACGGGCCACAGACCUGCAUUUGCUUCCCCAUUUCCUUCAGGGAAAUGCCCCUUGGCAUUAGCACGGCUGGAGGAGCUGCACAGAAAGCCCUUGGGGUUUUGGCCUGGUCCCGGUGCCCAUCCCACUGGACCCACCACCAUGUCACAGCGGGGGUCCCUUUGCAGAGCAGCUGGGAUGUGACCUGGAGAGAGAUCAGAAGGAAGCCUUGUUUAAAAAAAAAGAACAAAAAAACAAUCCAGAGUAACAUUUAAGCAGCCAGCUAUCAGUACUUACUGUGGAAGUGUUAAUACUGAGGCAAGCACUGUGCUGUUUGCAUGUACAAGGAGAAUGGUUAUUGGGGUAAUUCAGCACCAGAUGAAUUCCCCUGGAGGGAACAGCAAGGGGCUGCCCUGAGCCAUUGGGGUGCUCGUGGGGACCCCGUGCAGGGCUGGGAUGCUGCCAGGACAUCUUGUUGUCACACGGGGACAGGGAAGGGCUUUGGGGACAUGUGGGGCUGGCUCAUCCCUCGGGUCUGUGGGCAUCCCCGUUCUGGGGAGCAGAGCUGUUGUGGUGGGGACUGGAGAGGAGCUGGGUGCCCCCACAAGGCCAGGUCUUUCCCCAGGCCCUGGCUGUGCUCUGGCACAACAGCCAUGCCAUAACUCCAGAGGGACUUGCUGUGGUAGCCCCCAACAGCAGCAGGAGUUUGCAGGGACAAUCCGGACCCACCACCUCCUAGCAACCCCGUGGUGCUGGGGGCUGGAGCCAUCAUCCCCGUGCUGUUAUUAGGGUCAGUGCCAUCGCAUGGCAAAGCACUCGACAAUCACACACUGAAGCCUUGCUUGCCCUGCAUGGGUUGUGUUGGUGGAGCAGCCUCACGGUGGCAGAGAGCAGGGCUCGCCCUCAUUUCUCACAGCUUUACAUUCUUACCCCAUUCCUGGGUGUCCCAGCACAUCCUCACCCUUCACACUCUGCCCAAGGAAGCUCGCAGCCCCUAGUGACCAUCCCCUUUCACACAGGGGGCCAGCAGUACCCUCUGCUUGCAGUCACCCUAAUCCAGCUCUUCCCAGGCCUUGGCUGCACUGCAGCUGUCUUGAUACCCCAAACAGGCAGAUACCACGGGUGACCUUCCCAGAUAGAUGUCCUCAUUGCAGCUCGUUGCUCUGGGUUCUCAUGUAGUUGGUGAAGAGGUGACCAGUACAGGCUGUGGACACCCAUUUCUGGCCUGACCAUAGCACACGUGCUCUCCCCAGCUCUCCUGGCAGCAUUACAGGGCAGAUGAGCAGCACGUGGUGGCACUGAGAGCCCCAUUCCCACUCCCACAAGGCCAGCUCUGCUGGCAGAGCAGCCUCUGCGGUGCCUCGACACGCUCAGGCACCUUUGAGGAUGACCACCUUCAUUUUAGGCACACUCACCUAAUUUCGACCAGGUCACCUCUGAAACCCAACACGAGCUCUUUGGGUGGUGUGGGCCAGGCUGGCUCUGCUGGAGGUGGUUGUGCCGUGCUAAUUAACUCUGGCUGGCUGACCCACAUGCUGCACACUCCGUGUUUUGUACAUAUGUGCCUAUUUCUGUAUACUCCUCCAAAAGUAGGCCAUGCCGCAUUAUACAACCUGAAAUGCUCAAAUCCCCAUGUGGGCUGAUAUAAAAGUGAAUAUUUAAAUAUUUUUAUCUAACUUGGCAGCCAUUAAAAAAUACAAUCCAGGUCACGGAUGAUUGAAUUGCUCCUCUCUCUCAAGUGUACCCGAAGUGGGCUGAGGAGAUCCUCCUGUACAUUAAGGGAUCGCAUUCCCUGCAAAAAUACGGCAGUGACGUUUCGUUGCCAGCAGAUAAUCACAGAGUGCCAAACAUUUAAUGAGCCCAACCGAUCUCCUGAGAGCUCCCCUUGCCAUUUUAUCUGCCUUCUCCUCCUUGCCAAUUUAUGGGCACAGAUUAAAAAUAAUAAAUAAAAGGCUGCCAACAGGGGGAAGUGUAUUCGGUGCGCAUACAAAUGAAUUAGGCUUGAGUCAACCAAAGAAUAAAUAAGCUGGUUUGAGUCUGCUUAGAGAUAUUAGCAGAAGACUCUAGUCCCCGAGGUCCAUCAGGAACCUCUCAGGCACCUCAGGUUUACCUGAUGAGGGACAUUUUGGAGACUGCGGUGCCCGUGGUACGCUGUCUGUGAGGGCUGUGUCAGCUCUGAAGUCUGGUCUAGCUGAAGUCUCGUGAAGGUCAGCGGAGGUUUGGUAGUGGUCACAUCCCAGCUUCUCCUUGAUCUCAGGUGAGCUUUGGGCUUGCUGUUGGUGCUGGCAGCUUAGAGGAUAAGUGUCCUGAAGGAAUCAAAAGGUGGUUUCUAGUUUGCCACCCUAGGCAGAGACCUGGGGAGGAGCGAGCAUCAUUGCCUAUGGGGGCUCCUGAUUUUGCACUUAUGCUUGCCACCAGGAUGAAGACUUCCUGGGCAAAACAAGACUGAGCACAGCUUCUCCAGGGAGCUCCCUCCAGAUAAGAGCCCUCAGAUUUCCUCCCACUAAUUUUUCCACCUGUACAUCCUUUUCAAGGCCCUGACAGCUGAAACAGAAGCUUGCAGGCUCCUCUGGGAGCAGAGCAUCAACACCUUUCCUUUAAUGACAAAAGGAGGUUUCACACAGAGGGAGACAGGCUUUGCAGCAGCAGAGGUGCUGUUUUGUUUUGGAGGGUGCUUUCCAGAGGUGUGUGGCCAGCAGGAGUCCCCACACUAUGUCCCUGGGGAUGGAGCACGGAGGGCAGCUCUCCCCAUCCGCUCGUUGAACAUCCUCCAGCACAGGAUGCUGGCAAGGGGAGCUUAGGCUGGUUUUGGGGGUUUUGUUUUUUAUCAUUCCUGUUUUUUCUCUAGUAGUAGUUACUUAGGGGUAAAGUUUUCUAGACUGGCAUGUCACUUUACAGAAUAACAAAAAAAAAAAAAAAAAACAAAGGACAAGAACUCUGUCCUGAGGAGCUUACAGUUUACAGCAAAGACCAUAUGACCUGCACUGCACUUUAGAAGCCACAAUUGUACAAUUGCUCUCAUACCCAUGAAUUUACCCUCCCGACCGGGCAGCAGCACCUCGAGGACCGUUGUCCCUUCCCUUGGUGACCCCACAACCAGUACCACAACCACAUCCCCCUGCCAUCAGCAAGGCUCUCCCAUCUCCCCGCCAUCCCCCCACAGAAGUGCCUGAGCAAAGCAUGGGAGUGACAAAACCAGCGUGUUUUGCCCGCAUAUAGGUGGCCGUUCCCUUGGGGGUGCCUUUUCCAGCCUCCCCCCAUGCCACGUGGGGCUGUGCUCCUCUGGUAUGCCCAUGCAGUCCAUGUGAUGCCCUCCUUCAGGGGUUUAUACCUAAGCCUAGGCUUUGAAAUGCUUCAGUCUUUGAGAACCAGAAGGGAUUUUUUUAGUGAAUCCCAUCUUUUAACAGACCCCAGGCUCACUCACAUAGGCUUCACUUUCUCCAGGUGAGAGUUGUGCUUGCAUCUUACUGGGAAGAUGGGGAAAAGACAUGCUUCAGAGGGGGGAUUUCCCCAAAGCUUUCAGUUCCCUGCCCUCAGAAGGGGCAGCAGGAGGUCCCUUGGCUGGGGACCAUCCUGGUGGUGGCACCAGGCCAAGGCAGGGCCUGCAGCAAGGGACAGGCUCACACUGCAGGAUGCCCUUAGGCUCUUCCCAGAUGGGACACACUUGGCUAUGGUGUCCCUUGAAGGACACAUUGAUGUGACAUUAUCAAUCUUAAUCUCUGUCCCAUGCUGAGACAGGGGCUCUGAGGCCACAGAGCCCUCCAUAACACCACACAAUGGCAGACCAGCCAUCUUCCCCUUCCCCCAGGGACAUCUCUCCUCACAGAGCUCCCUCGAUAGCCUUGUGCUUUUAGCAGGACACUCUUAAGUCUGCUGUUGCCUGUUGUGUCCGGGGUCUUGUGAGCCCAUGUGGUGGGAAGUGAGCCCUGCACUCCUCAGCUGUGGUGACAAUGUCAAGGGACCAUGUCAGCCCUGGGGGACUGGCUCCAUGCUAGAAUUACCACAGAGCUGAAGGCACUGAAAUGGUAGAGGAAAGGGAAGGAAAUCAGCAUGUCAUUUUUGGGAGGCUGGUUGUACUCCCACCACUCUGUGCAAGAAUAUCUCAGGUAGGUAAAAGGAAGGGCAGCAGGGAGAGCAGCCUGGUCCCCAUGCCACUGUCAGACUGAAACAAGGCCUGGGCCUGAGCUGUGGCAGCAAAGUUAAAUCACAUCUCAGGGAAGGUGAGGAUGGAGGGACUCAGACAGGUUUCUGCCACAGGAGGUCUUUGAGAAGUAGGUAGAUGGACACCAGAGAGAGGGGCACAAGCCCUGAGCCUGUUUGGGGCCAGGGGAGUGGCGUGGAGGUGCCUGUGGAGCACCUCAUCCAUCCUGGUGGGUCUGCGGUUCUGCCUCAUCCCCUUCUUCAGGCUUGUAGCACCACAACCUGCAGAGCCACCCUAGCAACCUGGGUACAUCCCCCCAGCUUUGUUGCCCCUUUGCAAUUUUUUUUUUUUUUUGACCCUCAAAUAUAAUAAAGAUUAAGCAUACUAGAUUAAGAUGUGAACUUUAAGAUGUGAACUAACAGCAGAAAACCAGGACACGCAGCUGGCACCACUGAUGUCCACAGACUGCAGUGUGUAUGCAACACUGGCACCAUAAGGCCAGCACCUUAAAAGUUACCCAUGGAUUUGGGAUAGCUCAGGUGUGGGAUCUAAAAAUAAAUAAACCCCCCACAAAAAUAAAACCAAGGGAAAAAAAACUUACACUGAUUGCCAGGAGAAAAAAAAUCCAUUCUGCCUUCUUCUGCUAGAGAAGCAAGAGAAAAAUCAGAGCCCAUGUUAUUUUCCAGCUAGCCUACAAAAAAAAAAAAAAAAAAAAAAAAAAAAAAAAAAAACACAGAGCAGUUAUCACCAUAACACUUCCAAAAUUGAGUUUAUAAGAAACCAAUUCACAAGAACAAAACAAAAAGCACACAAAGUCCUACUUCAGCAGGGUCUCCUGCCCUUGUAGGAAGGUCUUUUAUCCCUGAAGGCCCCACCUCAGCUCAGGUGCUUCAAAUCCCAUGAAUUUUCACCCAUUUCGGGUGUUUGUGUAUGCCUGAUGCCUCAGCUGGGAAUACUUCCUCAGCAGAAAGUCACUUGCCAUGGAAAAACUAACCAUACAAUUCCUGCAUUAGGAAUAAAGUGGGAUUUGAGUUACCAGUGAAGUUACCGUGAUGCACGUGGAGGGACUGUUGCUUCCUCUAGAGGUGCUCUGGAGGAGGAGAGGUGCCACUGCUGGCCUCCCAAAAGCCAUCCUGGUAUGAGCCUUGAUCCCAGAACCACCAAGCUGGUUUUACCCUGAGAAGCUCCAGCUCUGCAUUCAGCUCUGUCCAGUUUCCCACAAACGGGGCCUUUGUGGUGCCUUUCUUCGCAGAUCAGAGCAGUUUAGGACAAAGAAAGAAAAUCCCCACCAAAAAGAAACCUUUUGCUCUGAAACAGCAUUUUUAGGGCUGUUUUGGGGUUGAUGGCUCCUUGUUUUAAUAGACUCCCUUUUGGGGGCUUGCCUGGGGGAUCCUGAAGCAGAAGCCCUCUGGUGUGAAUUUGGGUCGGUGCCGCAGCGCGGAUCCUGCUCCAGGUCAAACACGGGGCUUGCAGGAGGGGAAGCUGGCAGGCAGCGGGGUGGGAUUAUCGUUGACACAAGUGCCUUUUCUGGAGAUCCCCACUGCAUUUCCAAGGAGCUCCUGGGGGUUUGGAGCAGUGGGUGGUGGAAGUCCGGCGGUGAGCGUGCCCGUCCCCUGCCAGGGGGAAGGGGCAGAGCAUUUCUGGGCACUGGUGUGUGUUUGUGAUGCUCAGCCUGCCCUCGCCCAGGCGAAAACCUGGACAAAACCCUGAGCUGUCCACCAGGAUUCCUCCUUCCCUGCACCUGAGAUUUUAUCCCAGGGCAGUUCUUGCAUCAGUUUUUACUCUGAUCUUGGCCAACCUAAGGGAUACCCGCUCUGGCAACCACACAUCUCUGGGGGCAAAAACAACACCUUGGGCAGGGGACAGACCCCAAAAGCACACAGCAGGGCUGCGGGAAGGACGUAAAAAAGAAUCCCUGCUUUGCUGCAAGACAUGCUCCUGCUGGUGGGUUUGUCCCAGGGUGUAUGCUGGGGAGCCUUUCUCCUCCUCCUCCUCCCCCAGAUGCAGGACUGAAGCCAUGGGUUUCCACCACCUUCAGCAGGAGCACGAGCACCUCUGGGAAAGGCUGGCAAAGGGCAUUUCUGCCUCCCCAACCCUGCUGGAGAGGCUCAGGGCAGGGUGUCUCCAAGGGGAAGGCACAGCGGCAUGUCAGGGACAAGGACAAUGUCCUGGUGGCACCUCGUGCCUGGCAUCGGGGGGGCUCAUCAGCUGGCGGGGAUGCCCUGAUGCUCCAAAAGGCUCAUUUUUUUUUAAUACCGGCAGACAAACCACCAGCUUUUCCUUCAAUUUACCACUUGAUAGAAGCAGCUGACGGGAGACGGGCAUCUCUCCCACGGGAGGGUCACACAUUGCAGGCCAUAACCUGAUUUCCAUUAUUAUAUAGUUGACAUUAAAGAAGAAAGAGUCGUUCACUGUCUAAUGGGGUCUUUUAACCACGUGCACUUAGUCAAUAGGUGAGUAGAUGUUGCUGCUUGUAUCUAUCUACCGUACACAGUCGCUACGUGUGAACAAGUGUAUUUCUCCCCGGUGUUGUGGGUGUCCUGCCUGUCGUGACACUAGGACGGAAAGGUAGGGACGACGCUGGUCGCGGGACGAGCUUUCUUCUGUACAGCGGAGAGAGGAAGCCUGCGGAGAGCCGAAGCACCGCUUGUAACUACAUUUGUUAAAACGUCAUAUGACAUAAUCCCGAACCGUUGACACUUUAUGCAUGUGCUAAUUAAAAAAAAAAAAAAAAAAAAAAAAAAAAA